CGCACUGUUUCUCUCUCUUUCUGGCUGCCUGAGCACAGCCCAUAAUUCACUAGAUUCACCAUCACUUUCUAUUUCUAAUCAAUCUCCACCAACAUCAGAUCUCCUUCCGAUAAUAUCUCCAUGAUCGCAGUCGAAUUUCUGGUCAGAAUUGUAGAGAAAACCACCUUAACGAGAAAUGCUUGAUCUGUUCAUGGUAACCCACGUUCGCUCCGAAAUCUGUUUGAGCAAAAGGAAAAAAUUCUAAGCUGCAAUUCGACCCAUUUCCAAAUUCCGAAAAUUAGGAUCAGGGUUUGUUUUAUCUAUCUGUUUUCUACUACUUUUUAAGGUGGAUCUUUUCCUAACAUCGUCUUGAAUUUAGGUAGAAUCAUCGUAAAAUGUCUUUCCUCUUCUUCUUUUUUUGAGUAAGUUUGUAUAUACAACGAUAUUUCGUAGCAGGGAGUAGAAAUAUUUAGCUUAAUUAGAAGAAUCAAAAGUGGCAAAAAUGAGUUUGAGUGCGGCGGAGGAUGAUUCGGCCUCAGAAAUCCAUCUUCCGGCAGAUAUAGGUUGGGAGAUGCUGGACAAAUCUAAGUUCUUCCUCCUCGGCGCGGCCCUUUUUUCUGGUGUUUCCGCCACUCUGUAUCCAAUUGUUGUGUUAAAAACAAGGCAGCAAGUUUCGGCCAGUGGAUGUCCCUGCUUGAGAAUGGCAGUUUCUAUAUUGAAGCAUGAAGGUUUGAGAGGGUUUUAUAGAGGUUUUGGAACUUCAUUGAUGGGAACCAUCCCUGCUCGAGCUCUUUACAUGGGAGCACUCGAGAUGACCAAGAGUAAUGUGGGCAGUGCCACUGUUAAAUUGGGGUUUUCUGAGGUUUCUGCUUCAGCUAUUGCUAAUGCUGCUGCAGGGUUGAGUGCUGCCAUGGCUGCACAAUUGAUCUGGACUCCAAUCGAUGUCGUCAGCCAGAGGUUGAUGGUACAAGGAGGCAACAAUUCCAGGGGAACUGCAAAUAAUUUGAUAAGGUAUAACGGUGGAAUUGAUGCGUUUAGGAAGAUUAUAUACAGGGAUGGUGUGAGAGGACUCUACAGGGGAUUUGGGAUUUCGAUAUUGACUUAUGCUCCUUCAAAUGCUGUCUGGUGGGCGUCUUACUCUAUAGCUCAUAGAGCCAUUUGGGGUGGUGUUGGUUGCUAUUGUUGUAAGAAGGAUGAUGAGGGUAGUUUUAGGCCGAAUGGGAAGGCGGUGGUGGCUGUGCAGGGGCUGAGUGCGGCCAUUGCAAGUGGGGUUGCUGCAUUGGUUACAAUGCCGCUCGACACGAUUAAAACAAGAUUACAAGUUUUGGAUGGAGAGGGAAAUGGGCGCAGGCCACCAACGUUUCUUCAGACCGUGAGGAAUUUGGUGAAGGAAGGUGGAUUGGGUGCUUGUUAUAGAGGGUUGGGUCCAAGGUGGGUUUCAAUGUCUAUGUCUGCAACAACCAUGAUCACUACCUAUGAGUUUCUCAAGCGGCUGUCCACUAAGAAUCAAGAGAGUUUCGCUUCAUGAGCAUUCAGCAAAAGAAGAGCCAAAAGGGGAGAGAUUUUCUUAAUAUUGCAUACUAAUGUAGAAAUUGUAAAAAUGUAGCAAUGCGUUUUUUUUCUUAGCUUGUGUGAUGCCUCAUAUCCUGGUCAAUGUUUGUAGAGUGUUGGAAGGAACAUGUAAUUAGAGUUAUGACCGAAUGAGUAUUGAUACGAAAUACUUGGUAUGCUAAUCUGUUGUGACUUUGCCCAGUGGGAGAAUUCUUAUCUGAGUUCAUGGCAUACUUGAUGUUCAAGUAUUUGAAUGCUUCGUCAUCUGAUGUAAAUUGAG